AUUCUCACUACCCACUUCAUUCAGCCUCUUGGAAGAUACCACUCCCCUCUCACUGCCCCCUCCAUUCAGCCUCAACCAACUUAGGAAAAUGUCAGCCAACUCCCAAGAACAAUCUAAUCGUAUAGAAGAUUCUCUCACCAGUUCCAAUCUAGAAGAGUUGAUGUGGGAAGAAAUCAAUGACCCUAUGGAGGCUGAAAUUGAAGAUCAGAUUGAAGCAGAGCUAGAGGCAGAACUAGCUGGACCAUCUACUCAGCGUGGGGGCUACACACGCAGGUACAUCAACAGGGAUCAUGAAGAGGAUCAUAACAGAUUGUUUGCUAAAUACUAUUAUGACAAUCCUUUGUACACUGAUGACCAAUUUCGUCGGAGAUUUCGCAUGAGAAAGCAUCUAUUUUUGCGCAUUGUUGAAGCUCUUGGUGUUUGGUCCCCAUAUUUUCGUCUAAGACGAGAUGCAUUUGGCAAGAUGGGUCUAUCGCCACUGCAGAAAUGCACGGCUGCCAUCAGAAUGUUGGCAUAUGGUACACCAGCUGACCUUAUGGAUGAAACCUUUGGAGUAGCAGAAACAACAGCAAUGGAAAGCAUGAUUAAUUUUGUUCAAGGUGUGAGGCAUUUAUUUGGUCAGCAAUAUCUUAGGAGGCCUACUCAAGAGGAUACUCAACGUUUACUUCAAUUUGGAGAGGCACAUGGGUUCCCUAGAAUGUUAGGUAGCCUUGAUUGCAUGCAUUGGCAAUGGGAAAAUUGCCCGGUUGCGUGGAAAGGGCAAUUCCCCCGUGGUGAUUAUGGAGUAUCGACUAUCAUGCUAGAAGCAGUUGCCUCUGCUGAUAUAUGGAUUUGGCAUGCAUUUUUUGGGGUUGCUGGUUCUAACAAUGAUAUUAACGUAUUGGACCAGUCACCAUUGUUCACUGAGGUACUACAAGGAAGAGCACCUACUGUUCAGUUUACAGUUAAUGGGUCUGACUAUAAUAUGGGAUAUUAUUUAGCUGAUGGUAUUUAUCCAGAGUGGGCAGCAUUUGUGAAAUCUAUCAAGAGACCUCUGAAUGACAAAGCUAAAUUGUUCGCACAACGCCAAGAAUCAGCAAGAAAAGAUGUGGAACGAGCUUUUGGGGUUUUACAGAAACGUUGGGCCAUCAUACGUCACCCAGCGCGUCUUUGGGAAAGGGAAGAACUGGCUGAUAUCAUGUAUGCAUGUAUAAUUUUGCAUAACAUGAUAGUUGAGGAUGAAAGAGGCACCUAUGAUAUACCGGAUGACAAUACAUAUGAGCAAGGACAUUUUUCGGCACAAAUGGCAGGGCUUCACCAUGGCCCAAUCUAUGGAUUUGAAGACGUCCUAGAGAAAAACUUGUUGAUUCGUGAUCGAGCAACCCAUCGUCGUCUCAAGCAAGAUUUGAUGGAACACAUAUGGCAAAAGUUUGCUGGCCAACAACAUUAGAAUUUAUUACUUUUAUCACUCUUGACUAGUUUAUUAGUUUGUUAUUAAUCUUGUACUUUGCUAGUUUGUAUUCAUGCUCUCAUCUUAAUUUGCUAGUUUGUAUUCAGGAACCGAAUUUAAGAUUUACAUGUUUCUUGGACUGAGA